AUGUUUGGAUUAAAUAAAGCAUCUUCGACACCUGCAGGUGGGCUCUUUGGUCAGGCCAGCGGAGCUAGCACUGGAAACGCGAAUACUGGGUUUUCGUUUGGUGGGACUCAAACUGGACAAAACACCGGCCCAAGUACAGGUGGACUAUUUGGCGCUAAACCAGCCGGAUCUACAGGAGGAUUAGGUGCAUCAUUUGGUCAGCAGCAACAACAAUCUCAGACAAAUGCAUUUGGAGGAAGCGCCACCACCGGAGGGGGCCUUUUCGGUAACAAACCUAACAAUACGGCGAACACUGGGGGCGGGUUAUUUGGCGCUAAUUCGAACAGUAAUUCUGGCAGUUUGUUUGGUUCCAACAAUGCACAGACGAGUCGUGGUUUGUUUGGUAAUAAUAACACUAAUAAUAUCAAUAAUAGUAGUAGUGGCAUGAAUAAUGCAAGCGCUGGACUAUUUGGCUCUAAACCUGCAGGAGGCACUUCUUUGUUCGGUAAUACAAGCACCUCUUCGGCCCCUGCGCAGAACCAGGGCAUGUUUGGUGCAAAACCAGCUGGUACAUCUCUAUUCGGCAAUAAUGCAGGUAAUACGACCACUGGUGGAGGGUUAUUUGGCUCCAAACCGACAGGAGCAACGUCUUUGUUUGGUUCAUCAAAUAACAACAACAAUAACAAUAAUAGUAACAACAUCAUGAGUGCGUCAGGCGGGCUAUUUGGUAAUCAGCAGCAGCAACUGCAGCAACAACCACAAAUGCAGUGCGCAUUGCAAAAUCUAUCUCAGCUCCCUAUUACCCCAAUGACACGGAUUUCCGAAUUACCACCUCAAAUACGUCAAGAAAUUGAACAACUAGAUCAAUAUAUUCAAAAACAAGUGCAGAUCUCGCACCAUUUGAAGGCCGAUACAAUCGAUCAUGAUGAAUUGAUAGAUUCCAUUCCUCGUGAUGUUGCAUACCUACUGAAGUCAGAAUCUGCAACAAGUCAAUAUUUAAAGCAAGAUUUGAAGAAAAUAUCCUCAUUUAAAUCGCUAAUCGAUGAGGACCUUCUAGACACGCAAACUUUUUCGGUGCUCUUACAGCAACUAUUAACUCCGGGAAGCAAAAUUUCUUCUAAUGACUUAGACAAAUUCUUUCAAAAGAAAAUUCAUCUCUACGAGAAGAAGUUAGAGGAUUACUGCCGUAUUCUCUCUGAUAUAGAAACUGCGGUAAAUGGCAUUGAUACAGAUUUAUUUGGCGCCCCAAAUAACCCUAAUUCUACAGCUAUCACAGCAGAUCUAGGUUCAUCCGAAGCAGAGAACCUACUGCAGUUGAAGACAGGCUUAGCUGCCAUAGUCUCUACUGUCAUUGAGGAAUUCACACUGUUUAUGGAUAUCGCUGAGAGAAUCGCCGUGUUACAUCAAAAAACGAAAACACUGGCAUCAUUGAGCAUAUGA